AUGAUGAGUCUGACCAACCCGCCAUCAGUCGCUUCUGGCCCUGGCUCAGUGCGGUCGGGCACGCUCAAGAGAAGCGUCCAGGCAGCGUUUGAAGCUUUAUUGCAAACGCCGCGUUCGUACCUACUGUCACUUUACCCCCUUGACUACCCAGUUUUUGCCCUUUCGCCUGACUCGAGUUGA